AUGUCCCAAAACAUUAACGACGACUAUGACCAAUCUACCCAGCAGCCAGGGCACCGCCUCCAUGGCAGCAACGAUCCUAUUCCGGGUGACCGCCGCGAUAUGGGCGGCCUGAGUUUUGGCAGCGAUCAAGGAGGACAGGGUCAGCCCGAGUCGGCUUUCCAGCAGUCGUGGGGUGGCGGUCUACAACAACAGGGUGGCACCGCCGGCGAUUGGGAACGUGGUGCGGGCGAAACUCAGGGCGGUGUUCCAGUCGAAGGUCACCAUCACCACCUCCACCAUCAUCUGCAUCAUCAGCAUGGUAGUGGACAACAACCCGCCGAGACGGCCCAGCAGGCGGCCCAGCAGCCUGUCUCCACUACCGACAAGCUUUAUGGGAAGGCCGAACAGACCGCUGGGAGGAUGGUCGGUGAUACUGAAAUGCAGAUGAAGGGAGAAAUGCGCCAAUCUGGUGGCCAUGGUGGUUUCUAA